AGAACACAAAGUGCUGUUUUUAUUUGUUUAUGAACGAUCUAAAGAUUUAAUUGACUGUUGCCCGAGCCUCAUCGCUGACAUCAUGUUUUAUUUUGUUAGAUGAGACAACAUAGAUAACACAACAUGGGUGAUACUUCAAUGCCUAAACUGAAAACUGUCAAGACGACGCUUCAACAAGCGCCAUAUAGAUGGCUUCAUUUAAACCCACAAAAAUCCCAGUAUAUCCAAAGCUCGGAGAAAAAGUCACACAGGACACACUUUACUGGAAAAACUACAAGGCUCCUGUUCAGAUAAAAGAAUAUGGAGCAGUCUCAAACAUCGACUUCUCUCCUGUGGCUCCUCAUAAUUUUGCUGUAACUGCCUUUACAAGAAUCCACGUCUAUGGGCCCUUCUCUCAAGAGCCUGUCAAGACAUUUACCCGAUUCAAGGACACUGCUUAUUGUGGUAGAUUCAGGUCAGAUGGCCAGCUGCUCGUGGCGGGAUGCGAAGACUCGGUUGUCAGACUUUUUGAUGUCAGCGGCAAGGUGGCGCUAAGGAUGUUCAAAGGACACACAAAGGCCGUACAUGUCACUGACUUCACCUCAGAACGUUAUCAGAUCCUCACGGGAUCUGACGACUACACCUGCCGACUGUGGGACAUCCCAAACGCAGCCGAGCUCUGCACCUACCAGGAACACACAGACUACAUUCGCUGUGGUGUUGCCAGCAAACUCAACAGAGAUCUCUUCAUUACUGGAUCAUAUGACCACACUCUGAAAGUGUUUGAUGCCAGAGCAGAGAAGAGUGCAAUGACCAUGGAUCAUGGACAGCCGGUGGAGAGCCUCCUUCUCUACCCCUCUGAGGGACUCCUUGUCUCAGCAGGUGGGCGCUACGUCAAAAUGUGGGAUUUGCUAAAAGGAGGUCAGCCUCUGGUGUCGCUGAAAAACCAUCAUAAAACCGUCACCUGUUUGGCUCUCGGCAAGAACGGAGAGAGACUGCUGUCGGGAUCUCUGGACAGGCAUGUGAAAGUCUACAACACAACCACGUACAAAGUGGUCCACAACUUUGACUACGCUGCUGCAAUCCUCAGUUUGGCUGUGGCUCCGGAUGACGAGUCCAUUGUUGUGGGAAUGACCAACAGUAUUUUAAGCAUCAAACACAGAAAACACACUGAAGAGUCAAAGGAAAUAAUGAGCCAGCGUAGCCGCCGCCCGUCAUAUCGUGUCUUUGUGAAAGGAAAAAAUUAUGUCCCAAAACCAGAUGACUAUCUUGUCAGUAAGCCAGUCAAAGAACAUUUGGCCAAAUAUGACAGGGAGCUCAAGAAAUUUAAUGUAUCCAAAGCUUUGGAUGCAUCCUUGGAGAUAUGGUUAAGAAAGAAAAAGCCAGAGAUAACUGUGGGUGUAAUCAAAGAGCUGGAUCGAAGAGGAACUCUGAAGAACGCGUUAGCAGGAAGAGAUGAAAAGAAACUCUCUCAGUUACUCCACUUUGUCAUUGGAAACAUUGUCGACACCAGGUUUGCGCCCGUCCUUUUGACGGCAGCUGAAAUGAUCCUUGAUAUCUAUAAAUCGGUGAUUGGUCAGUCGGCACUGAUCGACCAGCAGCUGCUGCGCCUACAGAACAUCCUGGAGUCAGAGAUCAACUUGGAGCGGGAGCUACUGGAGGUCCUGGGAAUGUUGGACACCAUGUUUGCCACCUCCAUCGCUCGUAAGGAGGUGCCGUACUCCGACGUGGGAAGAUCCAACGGGCUGGCUCAGGGAGAGGCGAGCAGAUCGAGACCAGAGCUUCAGGUCACCUGAGAUCAAAUGAGAGGAAGAAUUGAUUUUAGUCUGGAUUAGGAUGAUUUUUAUAAAAUCUCGAUUGAAGGCAUCAGAAUCAUUUUCUGUGUAUAAACAACACCAAACAAACAUUUUUUAAUUGGAUCUGUGUUGAGUCCUACAUUUUGCCUUCUGGUGGAAGUGAGGUCUGCUGUGGGAAUUCAUUCGCUGUAAUUUGUUAUAUUGUAGUAUUUUAUCAUUAAACAAAGGUCUCUCGACUGAAUUGACAUCUCUUUCUCACCUCGAAUUAAAUUGGAAUAUUAAAGUCUGUAUGCUGGAGAUAGCACAAAGUUCAAAGAGAUUUCUCUACUUUUUAUGCUCAACACCAAGUUGGGCAUAGGAAUUGUUACUCAAUCCAGCUGUAAAAUUUCAACUAAAAGUAGUAAUUCUUACCCAGAUUUUGGGCAAAAGCCUAAUUUGCAAAAAAUAACCUAAAAAUGGAAUAUCCAGAGCAGUCGUUGCAGGUUGAUCAGUCAGUUUGACUGGUUCUAACUUUAUUUGUAUUAUACAUCUAAUAUGUUUAAGUCGACUGGUUAUAUCUUCUAGAAUAAGGCGUAGGGUCAAAAAACAGGAUAUUUUUCUCCGAAGAGAUUAGUUUUUUGCCCUUUGUUUAGAUGCUACUGGUAUAUCAACCAAUCGCAGCAGAGCAGGCCUCCAUCCCUCCAUCUUAUCCAGUGUCAUUCUAACCCAUGUUGUUUGUACAUGGGAACCAAAUGAAAACAUUUUCUACGUGGAGACUUUCUGAAUGUGUGAAUCUAAAUAAGUCAUAUUUGAUGUAAUUUGAAUAAUUGCAAUAAGCAUCAAUUGUAAACGUCAGUGUGUGUAUGAAGUACUUUCAUAAUAUCCGACACUCAUAUAAGCAGAAAAGAAAUAAAGGUUUUUUCAUGUG